AUGAAUCAAACAUCAACAAAGAUAUAUCAAAAUCCAGUUGAAUUACGUCGUGAUAUCCGUUUAGGUCAGUUUACUUCUACAACAAGCAGUCAAUGUCCAGGUUACAUACAAGCAAACAUGGUCAUUUUACCGAAAACAAUUGCCAAUGAGUUUCUUCAAUUUUGUCAGUUGAAUCCAAGAGCAUGUCCUCUUUUAGAAGUCUUACCACCGGGUUCAUACGCACCCACUCAAGUCGCUAAAACUGAUGUGGAUAUUCGAACGGAUUUACCAAAAUAUCGUGUUUAUCGAAAUGGAGAAUUGAUUACAGAAGUAAGUGAUAUAAAAGAUUAUUGGAAUGAUAACAUGGUUACUUUUCUACUUGGUUGUUCAUUUUCAUUUGAAAAUGCAUUACAACAACAUGGAAUUCGAAUUAAAAAUAUCGAUCAAAACAAAAAUGUAGCUAUGUAUAAAUGUUCAAAAAUUAAAUGUAAAGGACCUUUUGAAAAUGUUACACUAAUCGUAUCAAUGAGACCAAUACGAAAUGAUCAAGUUAAUUUAGCCGAACAAAUAACAGGUGAACAAAGAUUUGAAAAAACACAUGGUAAACCAUUGUAUUGCGGUUAUGAUUAUAUGGAAAAGUUGGGUGUUAAUCAAGAUUUGAAUCAAGUUGAUUUUGGUGAUUCGGUAGAAAUUGAUCAAGGAACAGAAACACCAUGUUUUUGGUAUUGUGGUGUAACAGGAAUUAUGGCUGCAAUUGAAGCGAGCAAAAUAGCACAAGAAAUAUGUAUAACACAUUCUCCAGGACAUAUGUUGGUUACUGAUGUGAAAGAUAAUGACGAAGUUUUGCAAUAA